AUGGCAAACCCCUAUGGCGGAGGCUACGACCAAGGCCAUCAGCUGAGCGAUAUUGGAGGUGGAGGUGGAUAUCGAGGAGACGGCCGUCUUUCAGACGAUGAGGCCGAACAUUCGCUGUUGCACCAGACCGCAUCACAUCAACCCCUGUACGACAAUCCCCCUCGUACUCGACCCUUAACUCCUGGCCAGGAGUCGGUCUACACCCUCAAUGAAUCGUACGCCGCCGGAGAUGCAUCCAGAGCGCCAACGACAACAUAUGGCGGCGCCCAGCAAAAUAACCCCUACGAUGGAGGAUAUGGCAUGAGCAACUCUCAAGCUGGCUUCCCCACCGGUCCCCCACAGGAACCAUAUGACCGGACUGACUCCACCGAAGCCUGGCGGCAACGACAGGCCCCUGGCUAUGGCACAAUCAAGAGAUAUGCUACCAGAAAGGUCAAGCUGGUCCAAGGCAGUGUCCUCAGCAUUGACUACCCAGUCCCCAGUGCCAUUCAAAAUGCCGUUCAGGCCAAGUAUCGCAAUGAUCUUGAGGGCGGCAGUGAAGAGUUCACGCAUAUGCGCUACACGGCUGCCACCUGUGACCCUGAUGAUUUCACGUUGAAGAACGGUUACAAUCUGCGGCCAGCCAUGUAUAACAGACAUACCGAGUUGCUGAUUGCCAUCACAUACUACAACGAAGACAAAGUCCUGACUGCCCGCACUCUCCAUGGUGUCAUGCAAAAUAUUCGCGACAUUGUCAAUCUCAAAAAGUCCGAGUUCUGGAACAAAGGUGGUCCUGCAUGGCAAAAGAUUGUCGUCUGCCUCGUCUUCGAUGGUAUUGACCCUUGUGACAAGAACACCCUAGAUUUACUCGCUACGGUUGGUAUCUACCAAGAUGGCGUCAUGAAGAAGGACGUGGAUGGCAAAGACACUGUGGUCCACAUUUUCGAAUACACCACCCAACUUUCAGUCACCGCCAAUCAACAACUCAUCCGACCAAACGAUAACGAUGCUACGUCGCUACCUCCCGUGCAGAUGAUUUUCUGUCUGAAGCAGAAGAACAGCAAGAAGAUCAACUCCCAUCGCUGGCUGUUCAAUGCAUUUGGCCGCAUCCUCAAUCCUGAAGUCUGUAUUCUCCUCGACGCUGGCACAAAACCCGGUCCAAAGUCUCUCCUGGCACUCUGGGAGGCCUUCUACAACGACAAAGAUCUCGGCGGCGCAUGUGGUGAAAUCCAUGCCAUGUUGGGUAGUGGUGGUCCUUUCGGUCGCAAACUGCUAAAUCCAUUGGUUGCUGCGCAAAAUUUCGAGUACAAGAUCAGUAACAUUCUGGAUAAGCCCCUUGAAUCCUCUUUUGGUUAUGUCAGUGUGUUGCCUGGUGCCUUCUCCGCAUACCGUUUCAGAGCCAUCAUGGGUCGCCCACUCGAACAAUAUUUCCACGGUGAUCACACACUGUCGGCGAGGCUCGGCAAGAAAGGUAUUGAGGGCAUGAACAUUUUCAAGAAAAACAUGUUCUUGGCCGAGGAUCGUAUCUUAUGUUUCGAACUGGUGGCGAAAGCUGGCUCCAAGUGGCAUCUCAGCUACGUCAAAGCUUCCCGCGGUGAGACUGAUGUUCCUGAAGGAGCUGCUGAAUUCAUCGGUCAACGUCGCCGAUGGCUCAACGGCUCAUUUGCCGCUUCCAUCUACUCGCUCAUGCAUUUCUCGCGGAUGUACAAGUCGGGUCACAACAUCAUUCGUAUGAUCUUUUUCCACAUACAAAUGAUCUACAACAUCGUCUCGGUCGUCUUGUCCUGGUUUUCUCUCGCUGCUUUCUGGCUAACCACCAAGAUUCUGAUGGACCUGGUUGGCCAACCUAGUGAUCAGAAUGGCAACACAGCCUUUCCCUUUGGCAAAACCGCCACACCAGUCGUCAAUACCAUCCUGCAAUAUCUCUACCUCGGCUUCCUGCUCCUUCAAUUUAUCCUGGCGCUCGGAAAUCGACCAAAGGGUUCUAAAAUCGCCUAUAUGAUCUCGUUUGUGGUGUUCGCUGUGAUCCAGUUAUAUGUCAUAGUGCUGUCAAUGUACUUGGUUGUGCGAGCCUUCACCACAAACACGACCGAUAUCAUAACCGACCAAGGUGCUAGCGAAUUUAUCAGGACAUUCUUUUCCUCGAGCGGACCUGGAAUUGUCAUCAUCGCAUUGGCUGCGACUUUUGGACUCUACUUCAUUGCUUCGUUCAUGUAUCUCGACCCGUGGCACAUGUUUACAUCUUUCAUCCAGUAUCUCUUACUGAUGCCGUCCUUCAUCAACAUUCUGAUGAUCUACGCCUUUAGCAAUUGGCACGAUGUCUCCUGGGGAACCAAGGGCUCGGAUAAAGCAGAAGCUUUACCAUCUGCAAAGACGAACAAGGAUGAGAAGGGCAAAGUUGCAGUGAUUGAAGAAGUCGACAAACCCCAAGCCGACAUUGAUAGUCAGUUCGAGGCAACCGUUCGCCGUGCAUUAGCACCAUAUGUACCCCCGGUUGAAAAGGAAGAGAAAAACUUGGAAGAUUCCUACAAGAACUUCCGAACCCGGCUUGUGGCGACAUGGAUCUUCUCAAAUGGUCUACUCGCAAUUGGAAUCACGAGUGAUAGUUUGCAACAGUUUGGUUUUACCGUAAGUCGUGCGCUCCAUGCCUUGGGCCGCUUCCGCUAA